AUGUCAGGAGGUGAAAGCGGUCAAUUCAAGCCCGUGGAGGAGAAGCAAGCUCAGAGCCUGCCUGGCCGAGAGCAAGACCUCGCGCCAAAGAGCGAGCCCACCAAGCUAGAAGGCAAGAAUGAUUUUCAAGAGUACCGUGCAGCUAAAAAGCUCGAAGGAAGCAAGGCCCUGAUCACUGGCGGAGACUCGGGCAUCGGCCGGUCCGUGGCCGUGCUAUUCGCCCGAGAGGGUGCUGAUGUGACAAUCGUCUAUCUCCCAGACGAACAGGAAGAUGCCGAAGAGACGAAGCAGCUCGUCGAGAAGGAGGGCAAAGAAUGCCUGCUUGUUGCUGGCAACCUUAUGGAGAACGACACCUGCAAAAACGCCGUACAACAGCAUAUCGAUAAAUUCGGCAAGAUUCACAUUCUGGUCAACAAUGCUGCGAAGCAAGUCAUGUGCGAAGAUUUUACGGAUAUUAACCUUGACGAUGUGGAGAGCACAUUCCGCAGUAAUAUUCUCCAGAUUUUCGCCAUCACGAAGUACGCGCUUAAGCACAUGGAGAAGGGCGGAUCCAUCAUCAACCCAACUUCGACGGUAGCCUUCCGCGGCACCGCAGCCAUGAUUGACUAUGCGUCUACAAAGGGUGCCAUCACCUCAUUCACGAGGGCCCUGGCGAAGCAGCUGGUCUCUAAGGGUAUCAGGGUGAACGCGGUCGCGCCUGGGCCAGUACACACGCCACUUCAACCGGCCUCCAGGCCGGCAGAACAGAUGGAAGGCUUUGGGAAGAAGUCGCAGCUCGGUCGCCCGGGACAGCCAAGUGAAGUUGCUCCCAGCUAUGUCUUUCUUGCUACGAAAGACUCGGAGCUGUACUACGGCCAGAUCUUGCAUCCUUACCCAUUGGGAGACUAG